GACGCAUCUCAUUCUUAUCUCUUUCUCUCGCGUCUUCCGGCGACCACCGGCACCCAAGCAGAGCAGCAUCACUUUUUUGUGUGAGGAUGGCUGCAGAGGCAAUCGACGGCGGCAGGAUCUGCGGACCUUGGUUGGUCGAGCUCCAACCGUGGGGACGGGGAGCUGCAACCCCUGGGUUGAGAUUUGGAGGCGAUGGCGACAAGUGCUGUAACCCAGCAAGCCGCCGGUGCUAGAGACGGCGGCGACAAGUGCUGGAGAGUUGGAGCCACUGCGACAAGUGCUAGAGAUCCGGCGAGGGUCUUUUUUUCUGGAAGCAGCCCCAAAUUUGUACCCAUUUUUUGCUACAACCGUUCUGAAUUUUGCUACUAUCGUUUUGUCAAUUCCUACAUCCCUCUUUCUUUGCUAGGAUGUGCAAAUGUGAUGUUUUUUUCUGGUCGAUUUUUGGUAGAACCAUGUUUGAUUUUGCUGGAAACGGAGACAUUUUUUGCUACAUCCAUGUUUUGAUUUUGCUGGAACCGCACACAAUUUUUGCUACAUCCACCCACGGCGGUGUUGGUCGACGGCGGCGAUGGCUAUCUUUUUGCUACUACCGUUGGAGCUUUUUACUACAUCCAUGUAAGGCGGAGCUGUGACCUCGCGAAGGCGGCGAGCGUUUUGCUGCACCCGUAGUUUGAUUUUGCUACUACCGGUGAGAUUUUUGCUACAUCCAUUCAAAUGGCGUUGAUUGACUGGCGGCCGUCGUCGAUGUAAUUCCGUGCAGCGAGCAUCAAUGGCGAGGGAUGGCGGCGGAGCUACAACCAUCGUCCUCAAGAGCUGCACCCGCAGGUGGAGCUGUUGCAUGGGUCGAGGCGACAACGAGGCCGGGAGGGUGAGGACCGGUGACGAGAACACCUGGCAAGGGCGGGGUCCGGCGGGCGACGAGGAAGACCGGCGAGCGUGGGGAUUGACGAUGGGGACGUCCACCGGAGGGGACAGGAGGCGUGCUGCCGCGGUCCCCGAGCGGGACAUGCGGAUCCAGCCCGAACUGCCCGAGGAAGAAAAAGCUAGGGGCGAUUUGUUUUUUUUUUUGCCUGAAUCCAACUGCUGCGCGGCUCACAUCCAACGGCCUAGGCUAGACCGGCCGAAACUUUCGACCGGUGCGCCGGCGCCUAUAAGCGCCCUUACUAGAAAGAGAAAAGUUGCUCAGCUUGCCGUCGGAGCCGUGACAGAAUUAACACGUUGCGGCCAGUAGAGUAGUAUGACGAGCACGAAGACACGCAUUAUUUAUAGCCUAUGUAAACAGGGAAACCUAAAAAUGGUAACGUCACCACGCAUGUUGGGUUGAUUGUUACGCUGUGUGCUUAUACAAUUACAAUCGAGGCGAGAGUGAGGUGAGGUGAGGUGAGGUGCGGCGUGCGUGUAGUGUAUCGUGGACAUGGGAUCCAAUUGCAGAGACGCGAAUCGGAUCGGAGGGAGAGAAAAAAAAAGAACGUGCACGGGAGAAGCGAAAACGCGUCUGUCGACAGAAUACAAGAAAAAGUGAACGAAGCUGUGGUUGGAUGGUUGGAAGGACUGUAGUAUCCUUAACCCAUCAGGAUUUAAGUCCUGGUGCUUGCAUUUAUUUCUGGAUUUAUUUCAGGAUUUCCGGCAAUGCGCUUUUAGUGGAAGACGUUUCCGUCGACGACGAGGUGCCUACGGUAACUCGUAAAUUUCAAGAUGAUAUGCCGGCUCAGUAUUUUGAAGGUGCUCAUAGGGAUAAGGUAUGCGUGUGUACGUCGGCUAAGUUAUUUUACCGGAGGCGGGAGGUACCGGAGCCGAAUCCGCCGUUGGGUAGUUUCGUCAAGAUCUGUGCGGGUGUAGUCUGUAUAAGUUAGUAAAUGAACCUGCAUCUUUAUACAUUUGUAAUACCACUGUCCAGACUGACAAGUAGUACACAAUACAUUUAAGUGGAGCCCACACAUUGGAGAUAUUUAUUCUGUCUAUCCUUCUCCUCUACAGAUGCGUCUCCUCUGGCAUCCUGUCUCCCUCCGUCGCCAUUCUUUCUCCUCGAGUUCUUGCCCCAGUUCUCCAAUCUCAUAUCAGUCUAUCAGUACACACCGGAGUAGAUAUUGUUCUAUUCUAGGUUAGAAAACCUCUACUAGAGAUUUUGCAUCCGCUUUCUAGCCAUGAAGCAGCCGUAGCUAAAUCCCCAUCUGAUUGUAGGCUGGAAUCAGAAAAAUUUAGAGAGUUCUAUCAAAUUUGGUAUCCUUUGGCACAGAUCUUAUCCGAUACUCUAUCCAUUGUUGCCUCAAGUAACCAACUAAGGUCAGUUCAUAUAUGUUUUUCAUUUUGUUGUUUUCGGAUCUUCAUUCUGUUCUGUUUUGAUGCACAGAAAACACUUUAUCAUUACUGUGCAUACAGUUUAUUAUUGUUCAAUAUUCUUUCCGCCUUAUGUAAUUCCAUUAAUCUUUUAGGUAAUUAUGGAAAGUCAAAUGGACACAGUGCCUGCCAGUUUUAUGGAACUACUAAACAUGGUUGAACAUCCUAUUACAAAUUUCAAUCAACCGAAUACUGAAAACUCAAUACCUGAAGAGAGUUCAUGUUAUUCUGAUAGACCUUAUUUCUCCGAAGACAAUGAUGUACUUUCCAGACCUAACCUAAGGGUUGAAACUUGUGAUUAUGUCGAUGACUCAAACGAAGUAGAGUCACGUCUACAAUGUAGGAAAGACACUGUCGAACUUCCAGAUAAGAUGUUUAUGCCCGAAAAUCUAGAUGAGAACUACUUAUUUUCUGCAUACAAUGUUCAGACUGAAGAGUCAGAUUCAAAUGAACGAUUCCUCGAAGGAGGACAAGUUGGAGCUGUUGAAAAUGGAAUUAGAAGUUAUUGUGAAGACACAUCUGUGCAAAUGUUAAGGCCGGUUGUUGGUAUGAAGUUUUCAUCAAUUGCAGAAGCAUAUGACUUCUACAAUACUUAUUCUUGGGUACUUGGUUUCAGUAUUAGGAAUGGUGAUAAUUAUAUCACCAUUCGGACUUGCGUACAGAUAAUGCAGGAAUUCACUUGCCAACGAGCCGGAUUCAACAAGAAUACUAAAUAUGCAACUACUAGAUGUGGUUGCAAGGCAACACUCAGGGUAAAUCUGAAUUAAAAUUCUGAAUGGUAUGUCAGAGUUUUUCGUGAAGAACACAAUCAUGCCCUUGUGGAAUCUUGCAGUGAGAAGAAACACCUCCAUUCACAUCAACACAUUGACAAGCCAAUUAGAGACUUAAUAAAGAAUCUUAGAGAGAACAAUGUAUCACUAACAAGGGUUAAUUCUAUAGUUGCUGGUUUCUAUGGAUCAACAAAGAAAGUUCCAUUCUGUAAGCGGAAGUUACGUACGGUUUGUUCACAGAUUGCUAGUGAAACGCUUCAGGACGACAUUGCUAAAACACUGGAGAACUUCCGUGAUAUGAUUGCACUGGACGAUAGAUUUGCUUUUUGUGCUCAGGUGGAUGAUGACAACAGGCUAAAGUCACUAAUGUGGACUAGUGGAAGGAGUAGAUCAUUAUAUAAUCACUUUGGAGAUGCAAUAACUUUUGACACUACGUAUGGAACAAAUAUCUACAAAAUGCCAUUUGGUAUGUUUGUAGGGGUUAGUAACCACUUUGAGAGUGUAAUCUUUGCUGGAGUGUUCUUGACUAAUGAGAAGGAAGAGAAUUUCCGUUGGGCUUUUAAGCAAUUUGUUGCUAUGAUGGGUGGAAAACCACCAAUUACAAUUCUUACAGAUCAGGCUAGAGCCAUUGGAAAUGCAGUCAUUCAAGAGCUUCCUAAUGCAGAACAUAGAUGGUGCAAAUGGCACGUUCUGAAGAGGGCUCAUGAACUUCUGGGAGCUGUUUACAGCAAGCAUAAAACAUUUGCCGAUGAUUUCCAUAAGCUAGUCAACCACAUGCUAACUAUAAAGGAGUUUGAAGAUGCAUGGCAAUUUGUUACGGAAAAGUAUGGUUUACAGGAGCAUCCUUUCAUGACUAGAGCCUACGAGUGUAGGCACAAAUGGGCAAAACCAAACUUUAGUAAAGUAUUUUGUGCUAGAAUGUGUAGCACUCAACGUAGUGAAUGUGCAAACUUUAUGCUGAAGAUACAUAUUGUAUGUAAUUCUUCAAUAAAUGCAUUCAUUACACAGUACAUUAAGCUUAUAGACGAUCGUGAGAGUUGUGAUGCAGAUGCUGAAAGGAAAAAC